AUGUCGACUAGACAACGGAUCCGAGAUAUCAUCAACCUCGCCAAAGAACAUAUUUCAGCGCUAUCAGGCAAAUACCGCAUCACGCCUGCUGAUUUUGAUCAGCUGUAUCAACUGUACCAAAAAGACACCUCGGCAAAGGGACUCUAUGAAUUCAUCGUUGACCAUCCCAUCACGCAUGCCAUAGCAGGAAAGCUGAACAACCAACCUAUCGACGUACUCGCAACCAUGGUUAAUAAGACAGUAGAGGUUUGCCAAGCUGAACUCGACGCUGAGAUCGAGAUGCACCAGGCUGCAGAAGUGACAGCCGCGGCAGCUCGAGCAAAGGCAAUGGCCGAGGCUAGAAGUGUGAGCCAGCACACUCUGAAGGGCGACAAGUCGUUGCAAAGCAGCUACGCAGAUAGCAAAAUGGAGAUGGAAAGCAUAUCUUCUGAGACAAUCCUGGGAUGA